AUGCAGAAAGGAAGAAAAAGUACCGGUUUGCCGCCCGGUGGUGGAGGGGAUUUCUACUGCUAUAUCUGCCAGAAAUCCUUCGUCACCUCUGGCGCUCUACGCAUGCAUUGUCGAAGCGCAAAAGCGCAUCGAGAGGAAACCUCGGGUAAGUCGCCCGAGAUAGAAACAGACAGGAUCCCCGCAAAGGAGUAUGACAACAUUGAAGAGUCGCUAGUAAACUUGGGGGAUCAACUACCUCCACUCUCACUAUUACGCCGAGGGUUACACGCACCGCCAACAUCGUUUUCGAAAGUUGAUCCUGAUAUCGAAAAUGGUCUCAGGAGCGCACUUGCAGCGCUUCAUACUUCGUCCGAUUCUGUGGUGGGCCCCAGGGGACUACCCUUUUUCGAAGCGGACACCGACAAGGCGAGGGCCGAUAACCCGGUUGCUUCGGUAUCAGUGGAUCGUCAGGAGGAGAGUACAAAUCCCGCGCGCUACGAACCAGUCGUACCUGAAGUCCCUGCACCAUGGUCGGCGAUCCCGCUGAGUGAGCGUGGUGUGUUGCUGAGUGCCCUGCAAGCGCAAUGCCACCCCAUUGAGUGCCUGGCGGGGGAGCGAUACUGGACCCAGACGCCAUCGCCCGCGGAUGUCGACAUGACAAGACAGUGUAAUGGCUGUAGAGUUCCAAAAACAGCGCAGUGCGUUAACUGCAAGCAGCUCGGCAGUUCAAAGGGCUGUACUGUCCUCUCCGUCCAUGACUUCGCAGCACCCGAUGCGAAAUUGGGCAUGAUGGCACCUACACCAGAAUACAACCAGAGUGCACAUAAAGCAGUCGUACUAGAUUGUGAAAUGGUUGGGGUUCUCGGAGCCAAUGGCCGCGAAUGCAGCGAGGUUGUGCGCGUCAGUGCGGUCGAUUUUCUAAGCGGCGAGGUUAUAUUCGAUACCUACGUCUCUCCGAAUGGCUAUGUGAUAUCCUGGCGCACGAAGUUUAGCGGCGUCGAUUCGUUCCUUCUCUCGCAGAAAAAGCGAGAGGGGAAGUUGAUAAAGGGUUGGCGAGCUGCAAGGGAUCUUCUAUGGCAGUUUAUUGAUGCGCAAACAAUCCUCAUUGGGCACAGUCUUCAUCACGAUCUUGCUGUUCUUGGCAUGGUACACACAUGCGUUGUUGACUCGGCUACCAUGACGCGGAUUGCGGUGGGUGAGGACUGCCAACGAAACUGGGCGUUGAAAACGCUCGUUCGGCAGUACCUUGACCGGGACAUCCAAACUGGAAAGGGUGGCCAUGAUUGUGUUGAAGAUACCUAUGCGGCGCGCGAGGUUGUCUUAUGGUGUUUGCAAAAUACAACUCAGCUACAGGUGUGGGCUGCUAAUGAACGCAAAAUCAUUGCGGAGAAAAAUAAAGAGCGAAAGCUCCUUACCACAAGGCCUAGGGAGGUGGCAUCUGCUAGCUAA